CUGCCCGCCCUCCCGGUUGCCGCCCCCACGCCGGGAGAGGCGCCCGUCUGCCGCCGCCGCUGGGCGAGCCGCUCCCGCGAGCCCGCGGAUGCUGCUGCUAGGGGUGGUGGGCGCAGCCGCGGGUCGUGUGGCCGGGAGCGGGGGUGACGGCCUGGGAUUCCGGGGGCCUCUCUUCUUGCCCUCCUCUCCUCUCUCUUCCCAGUGUGGCCGUGGCUGACACUAAAGACUUUGUAGCCAUCAACCCAAGUGCAGUUUCGAUGGAAGAUGAAGGUUGCACGUUUUCAAAAAAUUCCUAAUGCUGAAAAUGAGACAAUGAUUCCUGUAUUGACAUCAAAAAAAGCAAGUGAAUUACCAGUCAGUGAAGUUGCAAGCAUUCUCCAAGCUGAUCUUCAGAAUGGUCUAAACAAAUGUGAAGUAAGUCAUCGGAGAGCCUUCCAUGGCUGGAAUGAGUUUGAUAUCAGUGAAGAUGAGCCACUAUGGAAGAAGUAUAUUUCUCAGUUUAAAAAUCCCCUUAUUAUGCUGCUUCUGGCUUCUGCAGUCAUCAGUGUUUUAAUGCAUCAGUUUGAUGAUGCUGUCAGUAUCACUGUGGCAAUACUUAUCGUCGUUACGGUCGCCUUUGUUCAGGAAUAUCGUUCAGAAAAAUCUCUGGAAGAACUGAGUAAACUUAUGCCACCAGAAUGCCAUUGUGUGCGUGAAGGAAAAUUGGAACAUACACUUGCACGAGACUUGGUUCCAGGUGAUACAGUUUGCCUUUCUGUUGGGGACAGAGUUCCUGCUGACUUGCGCUUGUUUGAGGCUGUGGAUCUUUCCAUUGAUGAGUCCAGCUUGACAGGAGAGACAACACCUUGUUCUAAGGUGACAGCUCCUCAGCCGGCUGCCACUAAUGGAGAUCUUGCAUCAAGAAGUAACAUUGCCUUCAUGGGAACACUGGUCAGAUGUGGCAAAGCAAAGGGUAUUGUCAUUGGAACAGGAGAAAAUUCUGAAUUUGGAGAGGUUUUUAAAAUGAUGCAAGCAGAGGAAGCACCAAAAACCCCUCUGCAGAAGAGCAUGGACCUCUUAGGAAAACAACUUUCCUUUUACUCCUUUGGUAUAAUAGGUAUCAUCAUGUUGGUUGGCUGGUUACUAGGAAAAGAUAUCCUGGAAAUGUUUACUAUUAGUGUAAGUUUGGCUGUAGCAGCAAUUCCUGAAGGUCUUCCCAUUGUGGUCACAGUGACUCUAGCCCUUGGUGUUAUGAGAAUGGUGAAGAAAAGGGCCAUUGUGAAAAAACUACCUAUUGUUGAAACUCUGGGCUGCUGUAAUGUGAUUUGUUCAGAUAAAACUGGAACCCUGACAAAGAAUGAAAUGACUGUUACGCACGUAUUUACUUCGGAUGGCCUGCGUGCUGAGGUUACUGGAGUUGGCUACAAUCCAUUUGGGGAAGUGAUUGUUGAUGGUGAUGUUGUUCAUGGAUUCUAUAACCCUUCUGUUAGCAGAAUUGUCGAGGCGGGCUGUGUGUGCAAUGAUGCUGUAAUUAGAAACAACACUCUAAUGGGGAAACCAACAGAAGGAGCCUUAAUUGCUCUUGCAAUGAAGAUGGGUCUUGAUGGACUUCAACAGGAUUAUAUCAGAAAAGCUGAAUACCCUUUUAGCUCUGAGCAGAAGUGGAUGGCUGUUAAGUGUGUGCACCGAACACAGCAGGACAGACCAGAGAUUUGUUUUAUGAAGGGUGCUUAUGAACAGGUGAUUAAGUAUUGUACUACAUAUCACAGCAAAGGGCAGACCUUGACACUCACCCAGCAGCAGAGAGAUCUGUACCAACAAGAGAAGGCCCAGAUGGGCUCUGCAGGGCUCAGAGUUCUUGCUUUGGCUUCUGGUCCUGAAUUGGGACAACUGACGUUCCUUGGCCUGGUGGGAAUCAUUGAUCCUCCUAGAACUGGUGUGAAAGAAGCAGUUACAACACUCAUUGCCUCGGGAGUGUCAAUAAAAAUGAUUACUGGAGACUCACAGGAGACUGCAAUUGCAAUCGCUAGUCGUCUGGGAUUAUAUUCCAAAACCUCCCAGUCAGUCUCAGGAGAAGAAAUAGAUGCAAUGGAUGUCCAGCAGCUUUCACAGAUGGUGCCAAAGGUUGCGGUAUUUUACAGAGCUAGUCCAAGGCACAAGAUGAAAAUUAUUAAGUCUCUGCAGAAGAAUGGGUCGGUUGUGGCCAUGACAGGAGAUGGAGUAAAUGAUGCAGUCGCUCUGAAGGCUGCAGACAUUGGAGUUGCAAUGGGUCAGACUGGCACAGAUGUUUGCAAAGAGGCAGCAGACAUGAUCCUGGUGGAUGAUGAUUUCCAAACCAUCAUGUCUGCAAUUGAGGAGGGUAAAGGGAUUUAUAAUAACAUUAAAAAUUUUGUUAGAUUCCAGCUGAGCACGAGUAUAGCAGCGUUAACUUUAAUCUCACUGGCUACAUUAAUGAACUUUCCCAAUCCUCUCAAUGCCAUGCAGAUUUUGUGGAUCAAUAUUAUUAUGGACGGACCUCCAGCUCAGAGCCUUGGAGUAGAACCAGUGGAUAAAGAUGUCAUUCGUAAACCUCCACGCAACUGGAAGGACAGCAUUUUGACCAAAAACCUGAUACUUAAAAUACUUGUUUCCUCAAUAAUCAUUGUUUGUGGGACUUUGUUUGUCUUCUGGAGGGAGCUGCGAGACAAUGUGAUAACACCUCGGGAUACAACAAUGACUUUCACAUGCUUUGUGUUUUUUGACAUGUUCAAUGCACUAAGUUCCAGAUCCCAGACCAAAUCUGUGUUUGAGAUUGGACUCUGCAGUAAUAAAAUGUUUUGCUACGCAGUUCUUGGAUCCAUCAUGGGACAGUUAUUAGUUAUUUACUUUCCUCCACUUCAGAAAGUUUUUCAGACCGAGAGCCUAAGUAUACUGGAUUUGCUGUUUCUUCUGGGUCUCACCUCGUCAGUGUGCAUAGUGGCAGAAAUUAUCAAGAAGGUUGAAAGGAGCAGGGAGAAGAUCCAGAAGCCUGUUAGCUCGACAUCGUCGUCUUUUCUUGAAGUAUGAUGCAUAUUGCAUUCUUUUAUUUGCAAACUAGGAAUUGCAGUCUGAGGAUCAUUUAGAAGGGCAAGUUCAAGAGGAUAAUGAAGAUUUGAGAACUUUUGAACUUUUUAUUGACUAAAAAUGAGUGUUGAAGACUUGAUUUGAGACUUUAACCUGCUGACAGUCCCAAAUGAAAUUAUGCAACUUUGAUAACAUAUUCCUUGAUUGAAAUUGGCUUUUGCGAUUGAGUGGAACUUCGUAAAGUGUAUGGGCAGUUAUUUAAUUUAAAAAACAAGCAAAACCUGAACCACCUUCUGCACUUAAAGAGGUCUAACAGUUCAAAUAUACAAUCUAUCCUAGAUAAAUAUGAUUUUUUUUUAAUUUUUAAAUAUUGUACUAUUUAUGGUGGUGGGGCUUUCUUACUAAUACACAAAUAAAUUUAAUCAUUUCGAAGGCAUUCUGUUUGGUUUAGAAGUUGAUUCCCAGGAGUGCCAUAUUUCAGCUACUGUAUUUCCUUUUCCUGCAGUGUAAGCAGCUCAGCUACCUUGUGUUACCAUUUUUGUAUCUCAAGUUUUUUGCACAGGAUGUGACCACUGUCAGAUCACUGUUCUUUUCUUUCUUUUUGUGAUUGAAAAGCCUAUACUGCAAUUUGAAGUAAAUGUUUGCUUUUCUUAGUAAGUGUAAAUGGUUGCCUUUUUCUUCUUCUUUUGUUUUUUGGUAUGAGUCUUUGGUCUAGCACAAUUAAUACAGGGCUGUGGAGUGGCAUUCUAGGUAGGGUAGCCAUGUCUGUAAUUAACACUUAGUCGUGGAGUCAAAAAAAUUUAAGACUGGUUGGGCUGAUAUUUAUAGCAGAUUAUGUUAAUGUGUUAUGCCUUCCUUUAGAGUUAAAUAUCAAUACAUACUUUGUCAAGUAUCACCUUGACAAAGUCAUCUCCUAAAUAUAAAUCUAAGUACCUCACCUGAAUAUAUGAAUUUUAUUACUUCUUAAUGUCUUUUUAUGUGUACUUUAAAAAAAUCUUUCUUAUGAAGUAUAGAGUGGUAAACUUAAAGAAUAAAAAAGCCCCAAACCUAAACAGAUGGUUUAUGAAGCAGAGUAUAAGUGGAAGAUUCUGUGCUGACCUUUACUCUUUGUGUAUCUGCAGCUUUGGGGCCUAGGUUGCAGCACAGCCCGGAGCCUGCCCCUCUCCUGCUUCCACCAUUGUCCUCUGCCUUGUUCUGCUUCACUGGGCGUGCUAGAGAAAUAGAUAGAUUUUCUCUUGGAAUGCCAUCAGUUUUUGUAAUAGCUGGAUGAGGUAUAGGUAAUUUGUUUUGAGUGUGUGGCAAAUUUGGGCCAGAAAUUCAAAAUUAGAAAUACAUUUUCCUGUUGAAUAUUUCUCUCUGAAACAGAAACGGGUCUCAAAUUCUGACAUGUUUAAUUCUUCCUGAAGUUACUGAAUUUUGCAUUUUAUAAUUAUUCUUAAUUUUUUAAACUGUCAGGAUAAAUCGCUCUCUAGUUUUUAUCAGCAAUAUUAAACUGCACUGUUAGCACUGCAGUACUGUUGUGAACGAUAGGAAAGAUACCUAUUCUUUGAGUCUUGUUACUGAAACAGUUUAAUAUAAGGACCUGAGAUAUCUGCAGUGUAUUCUGCUUUACUCUUUAAGGCUAGUCAAAUGUACAUGGAAACCACUGUCUAAUCAACUUUAUCUUUAA